AACAAAAUAAAACGGUUGCUAAUAAAUUUGUGCGGCCACCAACUCACCGUCGUUUCGUCUUUCUAUAUAAACACAAAACCCAACCCAAUCUUCUCUUACAUCCUUCUUACUCUUUCUCUCUCCUCAGAUCCCUUCUUUUCUCUCUCUAAUCACAAACCCUAAUUUUCAUCUUCUCCCUAAUUUCUCCCCCAAUUUCUAGGGUUUUCUCUUAAAAAAAAAGGAAUCCCAGUUAAUUAAUCAAGCAUUGCCGAUGAAGCCGAAGAAGCAACCCUACGCUUCAGAAUUCGACGCAACUUCGAGUCAUCUAUGGGUCGGAAAUUUAGCCCCAGAAGUUACCGAAUCUGAGUUGACGGAGUUGUUCGAGAAAUACGGAUUGAUUGACGGAAUUACUUGCUACGCUUCCAGGAGUUACGCUUUUGUUUACUAUAAGCGUGUUGAAGAUGCUGUUUCUGCUAAAGAAGCUCUUCAAGGGUUUUUAAUUAAUGGGAAUUCAAUCAAAAUUGAGUUUGCCAAACCGGCUAAGCCCUCCAAGCAUGUAUGGGUUGGUGGAUUUGGUCCAUCAGUCACUAAGGAAAAGCUAGAGGAAGAGUUGAGUAAAUUUGGUAAAAUUGAAGAUUUAAAGUUCAUUAGAGACCGGAAUACUGCACUUGUUGAUUUUGUGAGGUUGGAAGAUGCUUCCGCUGCAGUGAAGAAUGUGAAUGGUUUGCAAAUCGGUGAUGAUCACAUUUGUGUUGAUUUUCUAAGAUCUCAUCCUGCGAAGAGGGAUCAGUCUGAUUUCCAUGAUUCGGGAAGUGCACAAUUCAAAGGCAUGGGGGGUUUUGAUCCAUCUUGGAUUAAUCCAGACAUUUCAAGGAAUUACCCUGAGCCUACUUUUUCAGGACACAAGAGAAUGCAGCCAUCUCAACCAUUAGGAGGACGUAAAGUGGGUCAACCCAGUAAGGUUUUAUGGGUUGGAUAUCCGCCUUCUGUUGUGAUUGAUGAGGAAAUGCUGAAUAAUGCCAUGAUACUGCAUGGAGAGAUUGAGAGAAUAAAAUGUUUCCCUUCAAGACAUUAUUCUUUUGUAGAAUUCAGAAGCGUGGAGGAAGCAAGGCGAGCUAAGGAGGCCUUGCAAGGAAGACUUUUUAAUGAUCCUCGAAUUUCAAUAAUGUUCUCCAACAGUGAUUUGGCUCCUGGCAAAGAUUUUGGACCACCAUAUCCAGGAUUUAGAGGGCAGAGGCCAGAAAUGUUUGGGAAUGAGUUUUCUUUUGGACCACCUGCUCACAUAAUGGAUGCAUUUCCUUCAAGUCGUAAUAUGAUGCAAAACAGUUUCCAUGGACCUCCUACUCCUAAUGGUGUGCUUGGACCAGGUAUGCCUCGGCCAUUUGGGCCUAGAGGGAGUAUGGAUCCAUUAUUGCCCAAUCCAGAUUUUCAUGAUCCCAAUAUGCAUUCUACCAUGCCUGAAAUGACUGCUAAUGCUCCAGCUAACAAAAGAAAACCGUCUCCUUCUGCUGUUGGACUGCUUCCACCUCCCUCUUUUCCAGGUAGGACAUCUUAUAAGACAAGUGGGUGGGAUGUUCUUGAUCCAAACCAGCUCCCUAGGGAACCAAAGAGGUCUAGAAUAGGUGGUCCAACAGGAAAAGGUGAUGAAUAUAUUGCAAGUGACCAACCUUAUACUUCUGGUCCUGCUGGAAUGGGAGCUGCAAAAGGAAAUGUUAUUGGGCGUGCUAGUGAAGAUUAUAUAUGGCGUGGUGUCAUUGCCAAGGGUGGCAAUCCUGUCUGCCAUGCUCGAUGCAUACCGAUGGGAAAUGGGCUAGAGUGUGAACUACCACAAUCUGUUAAUUGCUCUGCAAGAACAGGGCUUGACAUGCUGGCGAAGCAUUAUGCUGGUGCUAUUGGGUUUGAUAUUGUCUUUUUCUUGCCCGACAGUGAAGAUGAUUUUGCUAAUUAUACUGAAUUUCUGAGGUAUCUUGGUUCAAAGGACCGUGCUGGGGUGGCUAAAUUAGAUGAUGGGACCACAUUAUUUUUGGUCCCGCCAUCAGGUUUCCUGACGGAUGUUCUGAAAGUGAAUGGCCCUGAGCGGUUAUAUGGAGUAGUGCUUAAGUUGCCUCAGCAAACCCCAGUUGUCCCGCCUCUUUCUCAGCCAGUACAUCCGCCCCUUCCUCCCAUUCAACAGUCAGAGAGCCAGUUGGAGCCUCCUACACAAGAAUACGUAGCUCCUGAAAAAGAGUUAGCUGUUCAUAUGGAUUAUGGUAGAGCUGUACAUGAUGAUACACAUUCAAGAGCAUCCUUCCCAAAUGCAUCUGUUUCACAAAAUCAAUCUAAUGAAGGUGUUUCUUCAACACCACGACCUGCAGUUACAUUAACACCUGAGCUUAUUGCUACACUUCAUGCAUUCCUUCCAGCCAAUUCCCAAUCUUCAACUGCUCAAAGUGCUCAGCCACAAUUACAUCCCUCCACCACAGGACGUUCUCAACCUCAUUCAACAAAUGAGAUUGGAGCUUUCUCACAGGAUUGGAACCAACAGCCUCAAGUGAUUGAUCCAACUGGUCAAUCUCAACAGUUUGGGAUGCAAGGGUAUCCUAAUGCACCGCUGGUCAAUAAUUACCAGUCAUACGCAUCCAACUUAAACAUGGGAAGUCACCCUGUUCAAGUUCCUCCUGCAAAUAUGCAAAUGCAAAAUCCUUUGUACAACUUUCAGGAGCAGAGUUCUGUUUCUUCUAGGCCUCCUAAUGUUCACCCUGUUACAACACAAAGCCAACAGUUUGUGCCACCAAUGCAAAAUAUGCAGCAUUAUCCCUCAGAUCACAAUAAUCAGAAGGGUUAUGGGAUGAUGCAUGGAGCACCUGUUGGCUCUUAUGGAAUAGCAGAAAGUCAGCAGCAUAGUGAUCCAGGUUUCUACCCUAAUCAAGCUGGUGGUGCUAAUGUUUCCCAUGCAGAGAUUAUGGUGCCAACCUCAAAUGGAAAUAUGAACUCAGAGUCUUUAAAUCCACCUGAAAGAUCGCAAACAUUGCCAUCUGGAGUUGGUCAAGGCUCAUCGGAGGUUGAGGUUGACAAAAAUCAACGGUACCAAUCCACUCUACAGUUUGCUGCCAGCCUUCUCCUUCAAAUACAGCAGCAACAGCAGCAGGCAAGCUCUCAUAUGGGAAAUCAGCAGUGAUAUUUCUAUUUGGUAGAUUUUCAGGCAAUGUAGAAGUUGAGUUGUGUGUGCAUAACGAGGAACAGAUGCAAAGUUGCUGCGCACUCAAGUGUUAAAUGACUGGUAGUGGACUAGGCUAGUGGAAGGAACUAAUAUAGGUUUUUUUUUUUGUUUUUUUUUUUUUUUUUUGGGUGUGUUAAGUUGUGCUUCCUCUUUCCCCAUUGGUUUUUAGCAAAUUUUCUUUAUUGUUUUCCUCCCUUUGAGUUUUUUAAGUAUCACAUUUACCAAAUGUAGUCUUGUUUAAUUUCUUUUUUAUAUGUUUAUACUUUAUUUUUUGUGGCAAAAACAAUGUACAUUUUAAUAUUAUAUAGCUCUCUCAUCUCAUUAUCCUCACCAAAAUCUUAUACG